AUGGCAAAUCAUAAUGAAUCUGGUGUUAUUGGUGUUCUGGCUCAUGGUAAAGUCGAGACAACUCAACAAUCCAUUGAUUCUGAUCAUGCAGAUCGAAAAUGUAUGGAAUAUCUACCAUAUCCUGAUGAUAAUUUUGAUGAAGUUAUUGAUGAUUGUUUUCAACGAGGUAACAAAUUUACUAUUGAACAUAUACGUCGUCGUACUGGACAAGCAUUUGUUCCUAAUGUUCAAGUUCAUGUUAAAUCAAUUGUGACUAAACGUACUGAUGAAUGUUCUACAGCAUUUGUUGAUCCAUAUUUAUUCUGUAUAACGACUCAGCAUGGACUUAAUGAAUGGAUUACUUAUAAACGUUAUCGGCAUUUUCAAGAUUUACAUAAAGCAUUGAUGAAUUUCGUGGGUGAAGAAAGAAAAAAAUCAAAAAGUGAUUUAGACAUUAUUCAAGAUGAAAAUAAUGAAUAUCCAUAUUUUCCAGCAACAAAUGAUCAAAUUGCAUUGACUAAUGAAUCUAUUGUUGAAGAACAUUGUCGUAUUCUUGUCGAUUAUUUCAAUAAAGUUCUUAGACAUCCUAAAUUUCGUGCACAUUCAGCGAUGUGUGAAUUUUUCGAUGUAAGUUGUUUAUCAUUCAUUCAUGGUUUAGCAGUUAGUCGAAAAGAAGGUUAUCUAUUAGAAGCAUCUAAUGAUUAUUAUUGUGAUCAACAUGCUUUCUUUCGUGCACAAUAUUUUUGUAAUUUAUGUAAAUGUUAUGAUGGUCCAAAAUGGUUUAUUAUUAAAGAUAGUUAUAUAGUUGAUAUACGACCAGAUACACAUGAAGUAUGUUUUCCUAUCUUAGUUGAUCGUAGUUUUCAAGUUUCAACUGGUAGUAAUAAUGAUAUUAAAAUAAGCAAUUUACAACGUACAUUAGUUAUUAAAUGUCGAUCAACACGUGAUUGUAAUGAAUGGACACAACAUUUAUUAAAUUUAAUUGAACAAGCAAAAGAUUUUGUCAGUACAAGACCAAGUCGAUUUAAUUCGUAUGCACCUAUUCGAGAAAAUCAAUUAGCUUAUUGGUUUAUUAAUGGUAAAUCAUAUAUGGAAGCUGUUGCUAAAGCACUUUUAACAGCUAAAGAAGAAGUUUUUAUUACUGAUUGGUGGCUUUCACCUGAACUCAUGUUAAUUAGACCAGCAGAUGAUGAAACAUUUCGACUUGAUAAUAUAUUAGGAAGAAUAGCUGAAGCAGGAGUCCGUGUUUAUAUCAUGCUUUUUAAAGAAAUGUCAUUUGCUUUAGCUUUAAAUAGUUUUUAUACAAAAAAAACAUUAGUUUCUAAAAGUAAACAAGGAUUUAUUAAAGUUAUUCGACAUCCAGAUCGUUAUACUACGGAUAGUGUACUUUUAUGGUCUCAUCAUGAAAAAAUGGUUGUUAUCGAUCAAAAGAUUGCCUUCGUUGGUGGAAUUGAUUUAUGUUAUGGACGUUGGGAUGAUGAACAUAUGCGUCUUGUCGAUUUGGCCGAUAAAAAUGAUGCAACAUUGAAAUCACCAUCUGAUAUAGCUGCAGAAAAAGCAGCAUCGGGUGGUAAAGAAACGGUAGAAGCAGCACAAAUAACUACUACGCAAAUGGCUGAACAAGCUGGUGAAGUACCUAUUAAGAGCAUUAGUUGUCUGAGAGCAGCAUUCAAUCCUUUAAAUGAGGUAAAUGAAGACAUCAAGCUCCCUGCUUCAACGGAUGCAAAUGGAAUAACAUAUGAUAUGAAAUCAAUAGCUGGAAAUUGGAUGCAAUCAACGUUGACAGAAACAGAUGAAAAUAAAAGUGAUAUUAAAUCAGACAACGAUACACAAGUAACAAAUAAUGGACAAGCAAUUCGACAAUUUACUCCGGGAUUGCAAAAUAUAGUUCAAACAGUGAGAAAAGAUGGUGAAAAAAUUCUCGAAGAACAACAACAAUCAAUUGCUACUUCAACACCUGAAGUUGAUGGAAAACAUCGAUAUUUUAUUGGAAAAGAUUAUUCAAAUGCAUAUGAAAAAGAUUUUAACCAGCUUGAAGACUACACAACAGAUUGUGUUACACGAACAUUAGUACCACGUAUGCCAUGGCAUGAUGAAGCAUUGGUUGUAUUUGGUCAAACAGCUCGAGAUGUUGCAAGACAUUUCAUUCAACGAUGGAAUAUUCAUAAAUGUGAAAAAUAUCUGAAUAAUGAUUUUUAUCCAUAUCUAUUACCUAAGUCUUAUGAUGAUGUUGAAGACUUAAUUGUCGAAAAUUGGAGAGAUUUUCUUGAAAGUGAACCAUACCGUGUAAAUGCUCAGUGCGUUCGCUCUGUUGGCCCAUGGUCAGCAAGAACGAAAACAGUAGAAUCAUCGAUUCAAAAUGCUUAUAUACAAAUGAUUGAUGCUGCUAAACAUUAUAUAUAUAUUGAAAAUCAAUUCUUUGUUACUAUUGGUCAAGAUCCAGUAGUUCGAAAUCAAUUAGCUGAUGUUCUUUUCCGACGUAUAGAACGAGCAUAUAACAAUGAUGAAAAAUUUCGUAUUUAUAUUGUUCUUCCUCUUUUACCUGGUUUUGAUAGUAUGAAUGCUGUACAAGCUGUACUCUAUUUUAUUAUGCGGUCAAUUACUAAGGGUGAUAAUUCAUUAUAUAGACGACUUGAAAAUGCAGUGUUAUAUGGAAAAGAAAUUUUUAGAACUCAUAAAAUUAAAGAUGGAAUUAAUGACGAAGAUCAGAAAUGUUCAAGAUCAAGUUUUGUCGUACGUUGUAUUGCACCAAGAAAUUAUAUUAAUGUUUUUGGUAUGCGUAAUCAUGAUAUUCUAAUGGGCCGUCUAGUAACUGAAAUAAUAUAUGUUCAUUCAAAAUUAAUGAUUAUUGAUGAUCGUAUGGCUAUAUGUGGUAGUGCAAAUAUAAAUGAUCGUUCAUUAGUUGGUGAUCGUGAUAGUGAAUUUUGUAUUGUAAUAAGUGAUCUUGAAGAAGAAGAUAGUCGAUUUAAUGGACAACCAGUUCGUGUAGGAAAAUUUUGUUCUAGUUGGCGUAAAAAGAUCUUUAAGAUGCUAUUAGGUAUUCAAUUCGAGAAUCCAAAUAAUAUCGAUAUAACUGAUCCAGUAUCAGAUGAAUUUUAUUCUUAUUUUCGAAAUGUAGCAACACAAAAUACAUUGAUUUAUGAAGAAGUUUUUGCUACAAUGCCAACUGAUCGUGCUAGAACAUUUGCUCAAAUUAAUGAAAACAAUGGUAUGGCUAAGAUGAAGGAUACCGAUCCGAUAGAAGCACAAAAAAAAUUGAAAGGCAUUCAAGGUUUUAUUGUCGAAUAUCCACUUUAUUUUCUUAAUGACGAAAACUAUUUACCUAGCAUGAUAUCUCGUGAAGGCAUAGCUCCAUUGAGUGAUCGAAUUUGGGCAAAAAGUAUCGACGAUAUUGAAGAAGAUGAACGUUAUCGUGAAAUGGUUAAAAAUCAAGCAUUCCAUCUGACAAAUGAACAUGAUGCAGAUGUUAGAAAAGCGUGUCGAACAUUGCCACAACUUAAGGAAUCACUUUUUCAAUUGUAUCCAGGUUGCAGACUAGAAGCGACAUUAGGAAUCGGAUAUAACAAAACUCAAGAAUGGCUUACUCGAGUUGAUGUUCCGUUUCCAAAAUCUUUUAUAGAAUUUCAAGAAAAACAAGGUCCUACAGGAAAAUAUAUGCCUAGUACAAGAGGUAGCUUAAUGCUUCAUAUUAGAAGUGAUCGAAAAGAUCUUUGCUUUGAAUUGGGUCGACAAUUUUGUCAAUCUAUUCCGGAUGAUUCUAUUGCUAAAUUAGAUGAAACUUUUGGCUUUGCGCAUAUGAGCUCAAAAACAAAUGAAUGUUUUCAAGAUUUUACUGGUUUCAUAGAUGUCGACGAAAAUCCGAAGGAUGACGAACAGAAAGCUAAAGCUGCACUCAUAUGUGAUGGAGAAGACGUUGCAAUUCAUGUCGGAGGGUCAUUUGCAUUAACUCAAAAAUGGAAACAUAAUCCGAUUAAAUGGAAUGAACUAUCUCAAGAAGAACAAGAGAAUGUAAUUGGAAGAACGAAAGAAGAAGAAGAAGAAGAAGAAGAAUGUAAAAAGAUCAAAUCAAAAAUUUUGACGUCUCAUAUUACUCAAAUGAAUCUCGGAAAGAAUGAAGUAAACAUCAAAGUAGUUAGACAAUCGUUAUCUUAUGGAGGGAUGAAAGAGCACGGAUUAUUUUUUAUUUCUUAUGCUGCCAAUCCGAACAAACACGAAAAACAAUUAAAUAGCAUGAUUGGCAUGGAUAAUGGAAUUCAUGAUCGAAUUAUGGAUUUUUCAACACCAAUAACAGGGAACUAUUGGUUUAUUCCUUCGAUACAUGUUUAUAAAAAGAUCUUUUAG